AUUCUUGAAAACAUACUCAAACCGUUCCUUGGGAGUUGAAAGAGUGGUUUGCCAGUUUGUUGACUCCAUGAAUACUUUUUAAAUGAGCAACUCGUGGAUCAAAAUCAAAGCGUGCUGAGUAAAAGGAGUGAAAAUAUCAAAAUUUACCAGGCGUUCUUGACGGCAAGCAGUGAGGGUCGACGGGAAUGGGUGCAAAGGGAGCCCAAAUUGUAACUGAAAGCAAAUUUAUAAUUAUAAAAAAAAUAAAAAAAAUAUCGAAACGAAAAAAUAAUCGUCAUACAUACAAGUCCAUCUGGCUUACGUCCACCACUCCAUCAAUUUUUAGCAUCAUCAACAUAUAAUUUCCACGCAAUGCCACAGAUGCCAUAGUCAGUAGGAAUUUCCCACAAGUCCAUUCGCGACUCUGGUGGGACUGGAAACUACAAAGAAAAUGGCGGAUGGAACGUGUGAAAAGUAAUAGCAAACGUUUUGCCUUCAAUAAUCAUCUGUUCGAGAUGCAUGUAAAUAAAACCAAUAGCUAAAAACUUGAAGACGACGAAAAUUCAACAUGCAGAUCUGGCAGGAUGUUCCUAGUCCCAAAGCAUUUAGCAGCAUACGAUCUGCUAGUGUUGGUGAGCUGUCUUCGCUCAGCACAAAGCAGCUUCGUCCUCUGUUGCCUUGUCUUGUUCGCAUGGCCCUUUGUUCACCAGUUGAUCAAAGUUUUUCGUGGACAGUUGGAAGGAAAGGUAUUCAGAAGAUACUCUCCGGUUUAGAGGUUGUAAAUUCGAUUGUUGCACUACUUUCGGUGGAUUUUAGUCUUUUGGAGCAAGACGCGAUCAAAGAGCAAGAACUGAGAAGAAAAGUCGGAGGCAGUGCAGGAGCUGCCUCAAUUCUUGUUGAAUCUUUACAAAGUGAACUCGUUCAGGAGUUUGAGAGGAGCGAACCUUCUCGGAGGUUGAGGUUAAUUCUCAGUGAACUCUUGAGGAUCAUGAAUAAGGUAUCUUUAAAAGAAGAGUACAUGCCAGAGACGUCUGAACUCUUUCAAUGUGAAGUUUUCCUUGAGGAAGUCUCUGAUGUGAUUUGCAUCGCUCAAGCAGAGCUACCAUCAUUGCUACCAUUAGAACAGCUAGCAGAAACGUUAUUACGAGUCAAAUAUGGAUCUUGGUUACUAUGCCGAUUAGUUGCUAAUGUUCCUGAUAAAUUUGAGCAAGUUUGCUCUGCUUUACUUUCAAAUGGAGAAGUCCAAGAUGACAACAGUCUUGGCGGAAUGGUGAGGACACAAGCUUUAAGACAACUGUGCUCAAUGAAUCCUUCCUAUGCAAUGGUUAUGCAAGCUGAAGCCAUACGCCAAUGCUGUCUCCCUGGAUUAGCAGUAGUUCUUGCUCUUGAUUUUGGGUACGACUCUGGGAUUGACCAGGGGAACCUUACAGCUUUUUUGACUGGUUUAAUACUCAGUAGUGAUUUGAAAACAAGGAAUUGGUUUGCAGAGUUUGUGAAGAUUGGACAAAAGUCAUCAAGCUCCAUUUUACAUUCACUGAGGAGUCAACUAUUAAAAGAUACUUUAGCUCUCGUCCCAAAGAGAGUAAAAAAGCAUGAAGUUAUGAUUCAAUCAACACACAUUGAAGAAACCCAGCAAGAUAAAGAAACAAUGGAGAUUUUACAAGCCAUGCAGGUCAGUACAGACUUUGAAAUAGUUGAAGAAGCAAAGCCAUCUGAACCUUACCCCAGGGUGGAGACCUUUGAACCAUUAGAAAUGAGUGAAGACAAUGUGAUACAUGGGAGUGCUUUGUUAAAACUCUACUGUGCUCUCAAGAACAUUGCUGGGAUGAAGUUCACUCCUGAAGAAACAGAAGCAGUUUUGGCUCUGAUAACAUGCCGAGCUCCAGCCACAGCAGCAGGUGUUAGAUUCCUGCUGGUUGGUCUGUGUACUCUUCUUGCGUGUCCUCAAAUUCUUAGUUCACCAGAACAUGAGCAGAGAGCAAUCUCUUUGAUAAGAUGGUUAUCAAAAGAAGAAUCGCAUUAUGAAUCGGCCAGUGGAGUCCAUGCAUCAUUUGGAGAAAUCCUACUUUUAAUUGCCAUCCACUUCCAUAGCAACCAACUGUAUUCCAUUGUUGACCUUGUAUCAUCUUUGCUAUCUAUCAAAAUAAAAUCUGGUCCUCUUAAUAGACUAAAACACCUUUUUACUCAAGAAUUGUUUCCAGAAAAGGUUAUUACAAGUCAUGCAAUUACAGUACCAGUAACUCCUGGCUUGAAUGGUCAUGUGACUGGAUUCCUUCCCAUACAUUGUAUCCAUCAGCUGCUUAAAUCAAGAACAUUCACAAAACACUAUGUACCAGUCAAGAACUGGGUUUACAGACAAUUGUGUGACUGUACCAUUCCACUACAUCCACUGGUUCCCAGUCUUGUUGAUGUGUUUGUCAGCACUGUCAUCAAUCCUACUGGAAAAGCAUUUCAAGAACGUUUUACUGAAGCAGAAAUUCUUGAAGUCUUCAAGGGUACUAAAGAAUCGCAACCUACUCUAGUAAGAAGGCCAUCAAUUUACAUUGGUAAUGAGCAAGACACCAAAUCAUCCCUUACAAGCCGGCUAUUGAUGCUUUACUAUGUACUGCUAUACCAAGAUAGCUUACUGAAUAAUAUGAAAACAAUAGGUAAAACUCAUGCACUGAUUCAAUUCUAUUUUACUUCUUCAGUUGUUUUUGAGAUAAAAUUAUUAUUUCUUACUAACUUGACAUGGAUUUGGAUGUUCGGUUCUUUAAGUAUUAUCAACGAGAAUCCAUCAGCGUCUAUUCUGGUAUUGAUGAAGCUUUCAAACAUGGAGCCGAGUAAUUUGAUAGACUACACUGACGCUCUGGUUACAUCACUGCCUCUGGUGACAGACCCAUCUACGCCAAGACGUAUACAAAGUCUCUGUUGUUACCUUUGGUCCAGAAUAAGCACAAUCAUACCUAGAAAGUUAUGGCUUACAACUAUCAAUGUCUUGUGCCACGAUGGUGGUCCACACCCUUAUACUGAGGAAGAACUGAUUAGAGACCCGUUGACUGUGCUGAGGUGUAACUCCAGAGUCUUCAGGUGUCCACCCGUUCUUGACAUUGUAGUACGCAUUCUUCAUGGCUAUCUCGCUGCAUCUCGUACGAUGUUAAGUCAACAUUUACAAGCAAAUCCCGUCCCUAAACGAACCCAGACCGGUAAUAGCUCAACUAUGAACAUGGAGCUAGAAAGGGAAGAGUUACGUCUGGCGUUAUCAGCUGCUCAAGAAAGUGCUGCCAUACAGUUGCUGCUGGAAAUUUGCCUUCCUAAUAAACAGGAUAAACCGGAAGGAAGCAUGCAUGGCUGUGUUUUGCGCGAGAUUCAGUGCAGAGUUUGCUCAUCCCUUCAUCAAAUGUUUAUUGCCGAUCCAAAUAUCGCUAAACUGGUUCAUUUCCAGGGUUACCCUGCAGAACUACUGCCCGUAACAGUUGCUGGUGUACCAUCCAUGCAUAUUUGUCUGGCUUUUAUACCUGAACUCGUGAAUCAACCUCACAUUGAGAAACAGUUGUUUGCAAUCCAACUCGCCUCACACCUUGCUCUCAAGUACCCUCUUCCAAAGGCAAUGGGUGUGGCCAAGUACAUAUUUAGUCGAAUGUCUUCACUGCUGGCAGCGUUACCUAGUGGCAAGCUGACGUCAUUCUUCAUUCCAGCACUGCCGACAUUAGUUCGUUUUUGUCAAGCAUUCCCUCCCUUGUUCGGUGAUGCUACAGUUUUUCUGGUGCAGUUGGGGAAAGUAGCGGCAUCGAAUGUCAAAGACUGUAGAGCGUCGUCCGUAGGGAAAUAUAAUUCUUUGCUGGCUCAGCUAACCCACGGUCUUGAGCCUGAUGAAGCUUGUGAAGAUCAUGGUUUUACUGAACACGACGAACACAGCACUGAAGACUGUUCGGAUGAUAUCAAACUAUGUAUGGCAGUAAAACAAACAUUUAGUGAACUUCUUAAGAAAUCAUCUUUAAAGAACUAUGAACUAGCGUCAUAACAUCGAUGAAUUGAUAGUUAGUUUAGGUAGAGAUUUUUUAAUGUAAACUAUAACGUAACGUAACCUGUUAGCAUUCUAAGACUCAAAAUCGUUAUUGAUGUUCAUUGGAAAACAGCAAAAUGUACAUAAUUAUUAAAAACUUAAGUUGGCUUCCA